GGAGAAAAGCAAAAGGGCAAAAGAGAGAAAACCUCCUCCUCUCCUACUCUCUCUCUCUCUCUCUCUCUCUCUCUCAAUACCCUAGGUUUUUUUUUUUUCGUGGUGAGGAGAAAUGCCGAGGGAGAUCAUAACACUGCAGGUAGGGCAAUGUGGGAAUCAGAUAGGGAUGGAGUUCUGGAAGCAGCUCUGCCUCGAACAUGGCAUCAGCAAAGAAGGAAUCCUGGAAGAUUUUGCCACACAGGGAGGUGACAGGAAAGACGUAUUUUUCUAUCAAGCUGACGAUCAACACUACAUACCUCGAGCUCUUCUGAUAGAUUUAGAGCCCAGAGUUAUUAAUGGCAUUCAAAACAGUGAAUACCGGAAUCUCUACAAUCACGAGAACAUAUUUGUCUCAGAUCACGGAGGUGGCGCAGGAAAUAAUUGGGCUAGUGGGUAUCACCAGGGAGAGCAGGUUGAAGAGGAUAUAAUGGACAUGGUUGAUAGAGAAGCUGAUGGAAGUGAUAGCCUUGAGGGUUUCGUUCUAUGUCAUUCAAUAGCUGGUGGGACAGGCUCAGGAAUGGGUUCAUAUCUUUUGGAGACCCUAAAUGAUCGUUAUAGCAAAAAGCUUGUUCAGACAUAUAGUGUAUUUCCCAAUCAGAUGGAGACGAGUGAUGUUGUGGUCCAGCCAUACAACUCGCUUUUGACUCUCAAACGACUGACUCUAAAUGCUGAUUGUGUUGUUGUUCUUGACAACACUGCACUAAACAGGAUUGCUGUGGAACGCCUUCAUCUAAGUAAUCCUACCUUUGCACAAACAAAUUCAUUGGUUUCUACUGUAAUGUCCGCAAGCACUACUACUCUUCGGUAUCCAGGAUACAUGAACAAUGACCUGGUUGGUCUUCUUGCCUCUUUGAUCCCAACUCCGAGAUGCCAUUUCCUAAUGACAGGGUAUACGCCACUCACUGUGGAGCGUCAGGCUAAUGUGAUUCGCAAAACAACUGUACUAGAUGUUAUGAGAAGACUUCUACAGACAAAGAAUAUCAUGGUUUCGUCCUAUGCUCGAACAAAAGAAGCAAGCCAAGCAAAAUACAUUUCAAUAUUAAACAUCAUACAAGGAGAAGUGGACCCUACUCAGGUGCAUGAAAGUUUGCAGAGAAUACGUGAAAGAAAGCUUGUCAAUUUCAUUGAGUGGGGCCCUGCUAGCAUUCAGGUUGCCUUGUCUAGAAAAUCUCCAUAUGUUCAAACAGCUCAUAGAGUUAGUGGUCUGAUGCUAGCAAGCCACACUAGUAUAAGGCACCUCUUCAGCAAGUGUCUGAGCCAGUAUGAAAAGUUGAGGAAGAAGCAGGCCUUUCUUGACAAUUAUCGGAAGUUCCCAAUGUUUGCAGACAACGAUCUCUCCGAAUUUGAUGAGUCUCGAGAGAUAAUAGAGAGCUUGGUUGAUGAAUACAGAGCAUGUGAGUCCCCAGAUUACAUCAAAUGGGGGAUAGAGGACCCGGAUCAAGUACUCACUGGAGAAGGCAGUGUCUCGGGAACAGAGGACUCAAAUAUAACACUCUAAAGAUGGCCAAGUAAGCGCCGAUCAGAAAAAAAAAGGAUGGUCAAGUGAAAUCAAACGGAUAUCAAUGUUGGCACGUGUGCCUCUGAUAAGGCCAUAGAGGGUAGGUGGUUUUGUUUUUAGGUAAAAAUGACUAAAUGCCUCUAGAAAAAAUGAUCACACACAACUUGGCAUGUUAACAUAUUACGCUUUUUUGUUUCCCAUUUUCCACUGACAUUAUUUGUGCAUAACAUCUGAGCCGUGCAAAAGGUGGCCCACAUCAUAAAGAUCACCUGGGACAAAAACCAGAAUGAUUCCAUUCAUCAGAAAGGCUACACCGUUGAAAUCAAUGCACAGCCAAUGGUCUGAAUCAACGUAUAUUUGUGCCCACAUGUGAGUGGAUUGCUCAAGGUGAUCCUCAUGGUACGGUCCACACUUCUCACCGCCCAUAUAAUCGACUGGGUGACACGUGAGGGG